AUGGCCGCCGACGACCACUCGGGCUGGUGUUUGAUCGAAAGCGACCCCGGGGUGUUUUCGGAGCUCGUGGAACUGCUCGGAGUCCGCGGUGUCGCCUUCGCUGAGGUGUACGGACUCGACAAGGAGGCCUUCCAAGCCCUCGAGGCCGAGGGCUCUCACAGAAAAGUUUUGGGAUUUAUUUUUCUCUUCAACUGGGGCAAAGACAAACUCCGCCGCAGCAGCGGCCAACCCCGCGCCCCAGCGGACUCCCAACCGCCCCCAGACCUUUUCUUCGCUGCCCAGGCACCUGGCGAGGAAGGGAGAAUUAGUAAAGGCUGUGCGGCGAGCAACAGCAGCAGCAGCAGCAGCAGAAGCAGCUGCUGCAGCAAAGACCGUCUAGGGUUUAGGGUUUAG